AUGGUGGAAAGUCCCCCAAUAAGCGGAUGGCUUCCUAGAGAAACGGACAUUGAUCGUAAUGAAAUUCCAAAAAAUAUAAUGAUUAUAUCUAGCUUAGAAGGAUGGAGCCAUAUUCGAUACACUUUGACGAUUGGAAACGUCUUGGCUGAUCGUGGCUAUAAUGUCACUUUUUCUACAACGGGAACAUUUCCGCAAUCACCACAAUAUCCAAAAAUUAACUUUGUUUCACUCGGUGAUUCAGUAGAUAUAAAAUAUAAAAAAGAUGUAGUUUACGGAAAUUUUGACAUUUCGGCGGCUGUCAACUUGAUAGAAAGUAAUACCGAAAUUUAUAAUGAAACCUUUUUUAAGACAAAGAAAAUUUCUGAAGAACUGGUUAAACCAGAUUUAUUCCUUUGUACCGCAUUGUACAAUACAGCAUGUUUUGAUGUCGCUUGGAUAAUGAAGAAGCCAUCAAUUGGGAUAGCGACUAUGUUUCCAGGAGGAGUGCAUACUCCUUACAAAUCAGACCCUAUGCUUGGAUGCAAAGUUAGCUUGGAACACGAAUCAUUUUGGCAAAGAUUUAAUUGCGAAAUUUUUGCAUCCAUUAAAUUUAUGAUGAAAUUAUUACCCGCUUUUAAAAGAUUUAAUGAAAUCAGAGUUGGUCUUGGAUUACCAAGCUACAGUACUCCAUUUGAACAUUGGAAAAAUUCUUUGUUUUUGGUUGACAAUUUCUUUGGUGUUGAGAUUGCACAUCCCAUACUUCCAAAUGUUCAGGCAAGCCCACUUUUGCCAGAAUAUUUUCCUCCAUUGACACCGGAUCUCGAAAAAUUUAUAACGGAGCAUAAACGUACGAUGUUUGUAGCAUUAGGAACGCACAUAUAUCUAACGCCUGAAAACAACAUGAAAUUAUUGCAAUCCGUUGUUGAAACCGUUGAAAACAAUGUAGUUGAUGGAGUUAUUUGGUCUCUAGUUCAAACCAAAAAGGAAGAUUUCCCACCUUCAAUUACGUUAUUGGAUGGUAGAAACAUUUCAACUCUGGAUGUAUUAAAUAAUAAAUAUCCAAAUAUUCAUAUAACUUCUUAUGCACCUCAAUUUGCCAUAUUAAAUCAUACUAAUGUAAAAGUAUUCUUAAGUCACGCAGGGUCUGGAAGUGUAUAUGAAUCAUUAUUUACUGGAACGCCAAUACUUGCAUUACCAAUUUCCUUGGAUCAACCUGGUAAUGCUGAAAAAUUGGUGUUAGCCGGUGUUGCUUUACGGUUGGAUAAAUAUAACCUCCAAGUAAAUGAAGUUUUAGAUAAGGCCGAAAUUUUGCAAAAAGAUGAAACGAUACAAAUAAACGUGAAAAGAAUUAAAACUUUGGCUAAAAUUAAUAGUAAAAGGAAAUAUAGAGCCGCCGAUUUGAUUGAGUACGUCUUGCAAUGUUCAGUGUGGAACCCAAUGGAAGAGUUGAACGACGAAUGGUUGUAUAAAGAGUGGAUUUCUCCAAAAAGUAGAAUGGGAUUCAUUAAAGGAAAUUAUUUGGAUGUUUAUGCUGCUGCUAUAGGAAUUGUUAUUGGCGCUUUCGCUGUAUUUAUUUGGGGUGUUAUUAAGAUUGGAAAAUUAAUCUUUAAAGAUAGAGCCAAACAAAUUCCUGAUUCUGACAAUUCGGAUACUAGUGAACAACAAAAAAGAAAUCCAACGCCAAAUCCUAAGAGUAAUCCUACUAUGAAUCUACCUGAUAAUCCUAAUCAUAAUUUCAUUAUCUUAGAUAGAAAUGCUCACCCUCCAUCCCUCCCCAUGUUGGCUCAUAUUGGACAAAUCGUAAUGUCAAGACGUACUGUAUCCUCCAGUUUGUUGACCGCACUCGAAGUGAAUUCCAUCCCAAGUUCAGAUGUUAAUGCUCCAUUAGAGGUUGAAGUCAAUGCGAUACCUCUUUCGAACGCCAAAAACUCAGUAGAAAUUCUGCAAGAAGAAACGGAAUGA